GGGAGCCCCGCACUGCGCCAGGCCCCGGCCCCCUGGAUCCGUCGGGGCGCCUCCACCCAGCUGUUAGCAUGAUGUCUUACCUCAAACAACCCCCAUACGGCAUGAACGGGCUGGGCCUGGCCGGGCCAGCCAUGGACCUCCUGCAUCCUUCCGUGGGCUACCCCGCCACCCCGCGGAAGCAGCGGCGGGAACGCACUACCUUUACACGCUCACAGCUGGACGUGCUCGAGGCGCUCUUCGCCAAGACUCGCUACCCUGACAUCUUCAUGCGCGAGGAGGUGGCGCUCAAGAUCAACCUGCCGGAGUCCAGAGUUCAGGUCUGGUUCAAGAACCGCCGUGCCAAAUGCCGCCAGCAGCAGCAGAGCGGGAGCGGGACCAAGAGCCGCCCAGCCAAGAAGAAGUCGUCCCCGGUGCGGGAGAGCUCGGGCUCGGAAAGCAGCGGCCAGUUCACGCCUCCCGCUGUGUCCAGCUCCGCCUCGUCCUCCAGCUCAGGAUCCAGCGCCUCCGCCAACCCAGCGGCGGCAGCGGCGGCAGGCCUGGGCGGGAACCCGGCGGUGGCAGUCCCGUCGUCGUUGAGUACGCCGGCUGCCUCAUCCAUCUGGAGUCCGGCCUCCAUCUCGCCGGGCUCAGCGCCCGCGUCGGUGUCAGUGCCCGAGCCCUUGGCCGCGCCUAGCAACGCGUCGUGCAUGCAGCGCUCGGUUGCUGCAGGCGCCGCCUCGGCUGCAGCCUCUUAUCCCAUGUCCUACGGCCAGGGCGGCAGCUACGGGCAGGGCUACCCCGCGCCCUCGUCUUCCUACUUUGGCGGCGUGGACUGCAGCUCCUAUCUAGCGCCCAUGCACUCGCACCACCACCCGCACCAGCUCAGCCCUAUGGCACCCUCCUCCAUGGCCGGCCACCAUCACCACCAUCCGCACGCGCACCAUCCGUUGAGCCAGUCCUCAGGCCAUCAUCACCACCAUCAUCACCACCACCACCAGGGCUACGGCGGUUCAGGGCUCGCCUUCAACUCUGGCGACUGCUUGGAUUACAAGGAGCCUGGCGCCGCCGCUGCUUCCUCGGCUUGGAAACUCAACUUCAAUUCGCCCGACUGUCUGGACUAUAAGGACCAAGCCUCAUGGCGGUUCCAGGUCUUGUGAGCCCAGGAGUGGGAGGAAGAGGAGAUGAAACGCAACUACCUGCGCCCUCCGUGGUCCCCGUCCUGUUGCUGCUGCUGCACCGCCCGCCUUUGCCUCGGCUUCUGCAGACCUGAAUUUUCAUGCCCCUGAAAGAUGCCCUUUGCCUGCACUGCCGCCCUCAUCUUUCUGCCACUUUGUUUGGGGGAUGUGCAGACCCGCCCACCCCUUGGAGGAGGGGACAGGUGCUUUGGCUUGGCCCACAAGUUCUAUAUGGGGAGAGCUGUGUGCUCUCUUCCUCAUCCCCUAACGAACUCCUAAGUCACUCUCCUCUGGUGUUUCUGGGCAGUUAUUAUGCACUUGCAGCCUUCGGAGGCUCUUGCUCUGACUCUGUUUGAACCGUACACUUUUAUUUAUUCUUUCUGGACACUGGAAUCACUAACUGGCAUGUGUCUGCCCACUGGAGUGCACCCACACUCUACCCCAAAUCAAAACAACCACUAAGUGUUUCUCGCUUGCAGACUACCGCCCCUUCAGCAGCCCUCGGUCCCGCUCCCCGGCUGCAGGCCAGAGCUUUCCGGCGUUUUCUCCUCCCCAGCGGGAUGCGCUGGGGCACGGCUGGAGGGAGGAGCGCGUCCCUAGUCUCUCGCGCACAGCCCCGCCCUGCGUAGAACUGGCUCAAGCUUCCGCCUCGGCGGGAAUGCUGUACAUAGUCGGGUCCGUUCCAGGGACCAUUUAAACUUUUUAGUUGCUGUUGGUUGAACUGAGCAUAUCUCAUCUUAGCGCCCAGGAAAUAGAACUUUAAGAUAUAUACAGCAUAUAUAUACAUAUAUAUACAUACAUAUAUAUAAAACAAAAGCAAAAAAUAUUUUCCCUCUGUCCCCCUUCCUCUCUUCCUUAAACGAUGGCGCUUUUAUUUUUUCAGUUGUUGCAAAACUGUCCUGCUCUCUCACACCUUCUCCCUCUGUGUAUUUAUUAAAGAGAACCUUUUGGUUCCAGGAAGCUGGGCGCGGAGUAUAGAGAGGGUCCGAGAGUGUGAAGGAAACGACCAAGUCAGGGUACAGGGGAGGGGGCUAGGCUGGGCGGGGACGCAGGGCUGAGCCCUUCACCCGGUCGAAGCACAGAGUCGCAGUUCCGGUGUAGAGACCAAUCACAAAACAAAACAAAACAAAACAAAAAACAAACAAAAAUACGGCAUUAUGGAAAAACAAACAAGUCAACCCAGGCCCCAAACCCUAGUUCCAAUUCCUCUGUCGGCUUCUCUCUUUUUAAACAACCCUGUUUCGUCUAGUGAGUUUUUAGUGCACCUUCACUCUCCGAAAUCUGCGGAGAGCCCGCGCCUGUGUAUCAAUUUUGGCUUUGGCCUUUUCGUCCAGUAGGUGGGAAAGUAAUUUGUAAAUUUGAUUUGUCCGAUGUGAAGAUCACAAAUUACUUGUUGAAAUGUAAGGCAGUCCCCCUCCUCCCCUUUUAUCUACAUUAUUUCCCGAAAAUAAAUGCAAAUUAAUG